AUGACCUCUUAUACUCCUUUCCUCCUAAACCUUCCAGCCCAGCCUCUCUCACCCCAGGAAGGCCCUUACUUUGACCAACACACUUAUCGCUGUUACUGUGGUGGAUACCAUUCAGCCCCAGUGACCAACCCGGUGACCUCCCCUCCCCUCACUCAUGUGCCUUUGGAAACUGGCCCCAUGAUUUCACCUUCCAUCGCUGCUGGGACCCAGGGAACUUGCCCCAUAAUUUCACCUUCUCUUACUCAUAGGCCCCUGGGAACUGGCCUCAUAAUUUCACCUCCUCAUGCUCACUGGCCCAUGGAAACUAGACCUAUAAUUUCCCCACCCCUUUCUCACAGGGUUUUGGAAACUGGGCCCAUGACCUCUACUCUGCUCUCUUCCUGGUCCUCAGGGAGGAGUUAUAAUUAUCCUCCUCUUUCCCCAACAUCUUCCCCACCCACUGGCAGCUUUUACCAUGGCCACGUUAAGCAUCCAGACGCUUGUGAACCUAAACCACAGCUUGACCCCCCUCCUCGGAAAAAUUACUGUGGCUCCCCACUUUCUUCUCAGGCAGGUACAUCUUGUCCCAGCUCACCUCAGGAGGGCUCUUAUCACUAUUCCCAUCUUCCCCCAGAUGCCAGCAUACCUGCCGCUGGGAGCCCUUACUGUGCCAUCCGCCUACCCCCUGGGAGUACUGGCUCUCCUUGCUCGCCCCAGUCCCAGGUUUCCAGGAAGCCUUGCUUUGAGUCCAUUUACUCUUGGGAGACUGGUGGGAGCUCUUAUGUCUGCAUAACCUCAGGCACUACAAUUUCUGGUCCACCCUGUCCCCAGGAACCACCUCGUCCUCUGUCCUCCCACUGUCCUUGUUCUGCCUUCUUUCCUUCACCUCCAGGCAACCAGUUUAUGUCUCCACUCCAGGCACCCCACUGCAGAGGCUAUAAGGAAGCCCCUCUCCCUAUCCCAGUUUGCCCCCAAGCUAAGUCUCCCAAAUCCUCAGAGUUAAAACAGCCAUGUGCUCCUCACAGAUGUCACUUCCUGGUCACCCAGCACACUCCUCCUGACCGGCCCAUGUCGCCUAAGGCCAGCACCUCUCCACCUCCCUCCUGCCCUUCUGGUCUCUCCGGUCCUUCUUGUAUGGUGACAUCCAUCACAACUUGCUCAAAUUCCUGCACCAAAGAACUUCCCCAAGGGACUACCACACCUACUGUGGUCCCUAGAACCCUCAAAACAGUUAUCCCCACUUCCCUUCCCCUUCGCCUUCCUUGUGAUCCUGUCUUACCCAAUAGUUAUGCUCAGACCAGCCCCCGAGGACCCCCCAUUGGACCCCUCUGCAGUACCCAUGUGUAUUCUGUGGUUUCCCCCACCUGCCGCAAUCCCUGCCUACUCUUUGGUUCCCUCAAUCAAUCCACAGGUCCCCUUCAGUGUCAUAACCAGCCCGUGGUGCCCUGCUGUGGCACCUAUAGCACUCCCAGGGGCCCAUUCCAACCUCAUCGCCAGCCUGUGGUGCCUCCUUGUUCUAUGCAUAUCUAUUCUUUUAUCCCUUUGAGAACACCCCUUGACCCCCCAAAUUUACCGAUUGCCCCCCGAGCCUGGGGCCAUCUUGAUACUAUGCCCUGUGGCCUCCAUGUCUACUCUGUGGUUUCUCGAGACUGCCGCAAGGAGUCUCCCCAGAUCCCCUACAGCUGUCCUUUGUCUUCAUCCAAGAAUUCCAGCUGUAGCACUAAUGCCAACUGUAGUUUGACUGUUGUUGUUAGUGAAUGCCAGAGUAGUGACAGCCAGAGCACCCUCCAAAGCACAAGUUGGAGCCAGAGUGAGAGUACCCAUAGCCCUAGCACAAAUUGGAGUCAAAGAAAGAGUUUCCAUCUUAGUAAAAGUCUGAAUGGGAGCCAUGUCUACUUCUGUGCUCUUCAAGCCUGA